AUGGCCUCUCCAGCACACUUUGCGGAAAACCGUGAUCGACUCCCCACCCUGUAUGAAGUCUUGAGCCGGAGGACCCUUCCUCCUGUUGACCUCUUUUCCUUUUACAUUUACAUGCGAGAUCAACAGCGAUCCGUCGACUAUCUCGACUUUUGGCUUGACGUCUCCCAGCACAUGUCCCUUUGCCGCCACUAUGUUCGAGAGCUCCGAAGAUCCGUCCUUGUUGCGACACCAGACUUGGAGAAGCAAGGUUCUAAGCGUUCUUCAUACAUCCUCGAUCAUCUUGGUGAUAUGAACGACCCGUCAGGCCCAUCCCAAAAUCUGAACUCUGAAGAGAAGGUGAAGGAUCAGAACUUAUCCGCCUUCUUGCGGCAAGAGAAUGAUAGCGCAAACGGAGGGGCUCGCCAUUCACCCCAUAGCAGCUUAGGAUCGCAACAGCAUGCUACACGGCCAUCCGGUGAUCGACCCUCUAACGGAACUGAUAGAGAACGGCCUCCACGACCAAGCUUCAUGACGAAUGGCUCGCCUGGUCAUACUGACUCCAAUUCACCAGCUCAUACCGUGGCGAGGGCAGAUAUCAGGGCAAGUGCUGAGAAGAUACUAUACACCUACUUGCUUCCAGGUUCAGAGCGCGAGAUCAUCUUACCACAGACUAUUCUAACCGACAUCACGACGCAAAUUGAAGAAGAGGGGCGUGAUGAUCCAGAAGUCUUUGAUGCGGCCAAAGAUUACGUGUUUCAAGCGAUGGAGCGCGACGCUUUCCCGGGUUUCCUUCGUGCGAAGGCUUUUGGCAACUUGGUUCCGCCGAGCUCCUUCUUGCGGCUCUGCUUGGGCUUACUCGGCAUGUUUGGUGGCUUCUGGGCGGGCUUCGCAUGCAUAUUACUUGAUAAACCAAAGCACAUACGCUGCUGGUUAAUCCUUCCAUUCACUAUCGGUGUCUAUGCUCUUGCGUCCCAACAGUAUUCGCUUGACCCGGUCCUUGCCCUAGCAGGCUCAAGUGAAUACACGUUCAUGAACUGGUCACGGAUAAAGGAGCCAUAUGUGCGAAGGAUGUUGACUAGACGCGCAGUCAUGGGCACAGGCUUUGACUGA